ACCGUUCACGGUGCUUCGUAUAACUUUACAAUAAUAAAAACAUUGUUUGUUAAAUCAACACAUUACCGAGACAUUCUGUAUUAUUUUCAUCUGGUUCAGCGCGAUUUGCGCGUAUUUUCUGGCGUCUGCUGACUGAAAACAAUAAGCCUAGCAGACAAAGAUAUGAGAAACUAACGGUAAUGCUAAAAACAUAAAGACGUGUGAUUUUCUUUGUGUUUUUUUAUGCUCGUGUAUUUGAUCAUUUCGAUUAUUUGGAGUAAAUGUAUAGUUUUUGAAUGAAGUCGAACUCGAUUUGUUUUAAUUUUUUUUGUAUUUUUAACAUGAUCUAUUAUUGACAUUACGAGCCUUUAUUGUUACAGUUGAUUUGAUUAAAUCACUAAUCUGAUAUCCGAUUUAUUUUUGGGCAUUUCUGUUGCUCCUACUUCACAGCAGUUCACGUUCAGUUCACCUCACGUUACAGUUCAGUUUCUUCACAGCUGUUCACCAAUAAAUGCUGGAAUGGUCCCAUUACCCUAAAAGUGAAGAAGAUAAAGUUUGUGAAAGAAGACUGAAAACAUGAAUGAUCCAGAGCCCUGCGAAAUAAAACAGGAAGAUUUUGAGCAACAAAUAGACCCAAUAGAAGAGAACACGGCGAUUAAAGAACUCGUUGAAGUGGUGAAGAAACAUCAGGUCAAAACUGAAGAAACCUCCUGGAGUUCCCCAUUGAAAAACGACAAUAUACGUUUCACUUGCCUUCAGUGUGGAACGAGUUUUUCAUGUAAACAAAAUCUCGACCUUCACAUAAAAUGUAAUUGUGGAGGAAAGCCAUAUGCGUGUGAUGAGGCGGAGAAGAUUCACACAAUAAAAGGAAACCUUAUUGAUCACAUGAAAAUUCACACUUUAGAGAAGCCACACAUCUGUGAUCAGUGCGGUAAGAGUUUCGCACUAAAACAAAACCUUGUUGAACAUAAGAAAACCCACAACCUGGAAAGGCCGUACAAAUGUGAUCAAUGUGGGAAAAGUUUCCCAUUUAGAGGAAACCUUGACAAACACAUGAAAAUCCACACUGGAGAGAAGCCGCACAAAUGUGAUCAGUGCGGGAAGAGCUUUACACAAAAUGGAAACCUUAAAGAACACAUAAGAAUUCACACUGCAGAGAAGCCAUACACAUGUGAUCAGUGCGGGAAGAGUUUCAUUAAAAAAGGAGCGUUUAAUAAUCACAUGAAAAUCCACACCGGAGAGAAACCAUACUUGUGUGAUCAGUGCGGGAAGAGUUUUCCACAAAAACGGAAUUUUAACGAACACAUGAAAAUCCACACUGGGGAGAGGCCGUUCACGUGUGAUCAAUGCGGGAAGAGAUUCACACAUAAAGGGAACUUUAACGACCACAUGGCAAUUCACACCGGAGAGAAACCACACAUAUGUGCUCAGUGCGGAAUGAGUUAUGCUCGGAAAGCUUACCUUAAUGAACACAUGAAAAUCCACACCGGAGAGAAACCGCACACAUGUGCUCAAUGUGGGAAGAGUUAUGCUCGAAAAGGAUACCUUAAUGAUCACAUGAAAAUCCACACCGGGGAGAAACUGCACAAGUGUGAUCAAUGUGGGAAGAGUUUCCGAAAAUCAAGUGUUUUUAAAGUACACCUGCUUACACAUUCUAGAGAAAGACUGUAUAACUGUGACCAAUGCGGUAAGAAGUUUUUUAGGGCAGAUUUCCUGAAGGACCACAUGAAAGUUCAUACCAAGGAGAGGCCUUAUGUGUGUUCAUUUUGUGGAAAGAGUUUUAGACAGAUUGGUAAUUUAAAGUCACACCAGAAAAGACACAGCGGCGUGAAGGAUCAUUCUUGUUCUCAGUGUGGGAAGGCUUUUUUUACUGAUAGUGAAAUGAAACAGCACCAGAUAGUUCACACUACAGAGACACCUUACAAGUGUUCACACUGCGACAGGAGCUUCAAACGGUCAGAAUAUCUGAAAAUACACGAGAUGAUCCACACGGGAGAGAAGCCGUAUCACUGCCAUUCAUGUGGGAAGCGUUUCACUCAUUAUUCUUCUCUGAUCUGCCAUAAAAAAAAUGUAUGCAAGUAGUUUGAGUUCUGUUCUUUAAGGCUGCAUCAAACCACUGUAUUUGUAAAUCAGAUCAUUAGAACAAUAAAGAACUAUUAUAUUAUUUAUGAUGAAUAUAUAUUUUAUUAAACUUUAUUUUAAUCAUUAUUGUUAUGCAUUUGUCAUUCUGUUUGUAUAUUUUAUAUUACUUUAAA